GAAAAAGAAAUAAAACAAACGCGAAAAAAAAAAAGAAAAAAAAAAGCGAAUCCGUUUUUACUAACCUCUCUUGACUCACGCCAAAAUCGACGGUGGACUUUCGUCGGAGAAGAAGAUGAAGCAGAGAACAUGGCCACGAGGCCCAUCGGAAGGAUCCCGAUUCACCUCCUUAUCCUUCUCAAAACUCCACGACAAGGAGAAACGAAGCAGAUUCUCAAUCCGAGCAGCGACGACGACGAAGUCAAUCUCAAAAUCCUCCUCCUCCUCGCCUCCGCCUCCUCCUCACGACGCCGGAGACUUCUCGAUGCUCCCCUUCGACAUCCUGACGAAAAUCGCGGCGCCGCUGAGCCUCCCGAACCUCCAGGCGGCGUCGUCGGUGUGCCGAUCGUGGAGAGACGCGCUCCAGCCGCUGAGGGAGUCGAUGCUGCUUCUCCGGUGGGGGAAGCGGUUCAAGCACGGGAGGGGAGGCGUCAAGGCGAACUUGGACAAGGCUCUCGAUUCGUUUCUGAAAGGAGCCGCUCGUGGAUCCACGCUCGCGAUGGUUGACGCGGGGCUUGUGUAUUGGGAGAAGGGGGAGAAGGAGAAGGCGGUGGGGUUGUAUAGGAGAGCUGCGGAGCUUGGUGAUGCCGUUGGUCAGUGCAAUUUGGGGAUCUCUUAUCUCCAAGGUCAACCUUCAGAUCCUAAGGAAGCGAUGAAGUGGUUGAAACAAUCUGCGGAGAACGGUUAUGUUCGAGCACAGUAUCAGAUAGCUCUUUGUUUACACCAAGGCAGGGUCGUGCAGACCAAUCUGCUAGAAGCUACUAAAUGGUACCUAAAGGCAGCAGAAGGUGGGUAUGUAAGAGCCAUGUAUAACAUUUCGCUUUGUUACUCGGUUGGAGAAGGGUUACCACAAAACCGUAAGCUAGCAAGAAGGUGGAUGAAACGCGCAGCUGAUCAUGGACACAGUAAAGCUCAGUUUGAGCAUGGCCUUGCCUUAUUUUCUGAAGGAGCGUUGUUGAAAGCAGUAAUGUACUUAGAACUCGCUGAGCGUGGUGGCGAGUCGGGUGCGAGUCAUGUCAAGGAAGUUAUACACCAACAGCUUUCUGCACCUUCUCGUGAUCAUGCCAUAAACCAAGCCAAUAACUGGCGUGCGUUACCAGCUACUCGCUGAGUCUCCAUCGAGGAGUCAUAGUAGCUCUUUGUAAUAACAGUUUGGUGAUACGAAAUAUCAUAUAUGAAAUUUGUGCCUCUUUUUUCCCGUUCU